CCCGUACCCGUACAAUUAUAAAUUUACUUUGAUCAUCAGUGAACAACGUAAGCGAAUGUGAAGAAAUCUUAGCAAAUAGUGUGAAAUUCUUAAAAUAAUUCAUCACCAUUGCUCUGAAGCACUGAAAUCGCAGUUGGAUAUGUGAAAAAGCAACGUUAAAAGGAGAUUUUGGUCGUGAAUCCAGUGGAGACUGCCAUCAGCUCUGCAAAGAUCACAAUCAGAUCAAGAUGGCCGAUCCGGACCCGGAGACGCUGCUGGAAUGGCUGAACAGCGGCGUGGGCGAGGAGCGCGACAUGCAGCUGAUCGCGCUCGAGCAGCUCUGCAUGCUGCUGCUCAUGUCCGACAAUGUCGACAGGUGCUUCGAGAGCUGCCCGCCGCGCACCUUCCUGCCCGCCCUCUGUCGCAUUUUCUUGGACGAGCGGGCGCCCGAGAGCGUGCUGGAGGUGACUGCGCGCGCAGUCACUUACUAUCUGGACGUGAGCGCGGAGUGUACGCGCCGGAUCGUCGCUAUCGACGGGGCCAUCAAGGCCAUUUGCAACAGGUUGGUGGUUGUGGAGCUGUCUUCAAGAACAAGCAAGGAUUUGGCUGAGCAGUGUGUUAAGGUCCUCGAGCUGAUAUGCACGCGAGAAGCGGGCGCCGUCUUCGACGCGGGCGGCCUCGGCUGCAUCCUGCCCUUCAUCCGCGACCAGGGCCAGCGCGUCCACAAGGACACGCUCCACUCGUCGAUGGCCGUCGUCUCGCGGCUGUGCUCGAAGAUGGAGCCGGCCGACGCGCAGCUGCCCACCUGUGUGUCCGCCCUGAGCGCGCUGCUGAGGCACGAGGACGCGCACGUGGCCGAGGGGGCGCUCAGGUGCUUCGCGUCCAUAGCGGAUAGGUUUACGAGGAGGGGGGUGGAUCCGGCGCCGUUGGCGCAGCACGGUUUGGUAAACGAAUUACUGAGUAGGCUCUCGAAUGCCGCCGGUCCAGCGAUCGCUAGCGGCACCCAAUCCACACCUGGCAAAGCGACGUCCACCAAUAGCACUCCCGCACCUACUCCUGACUCCAAAGCAAACGCCGCUUCUGUUUCGACAAUAAUCAGCCUGUUGUCAACGCUAUGCAGAGGAUCACCUACCAUCACACAUAACCUGUUGCGCUCCGAGCUGCUCGACGCCAUCGAGAAGGCCGUGAAGGGCGACGAACGGUGCACGCUCGACUCGAUGCGGCUGGUCGACCUGCUGCUCGUGCUGCUGUUCGAGGGAAGACGGGCGCUGGGCAAGGCGGGCGGCGGCGGCGGCGCGUCGGGGCAGCUGGUGGCGCGCGUGCGCCGCAUGGACUCGGCCGCCGAGAAGUCGCACCGGCAGCUGAUCGACUGCAUCCGGUCGAAGGACACGGACGCGCUGAUCGAGGCGAUCGAGAAUGGGGGCGUCGAGGUGAAUUUCAUGGACGACGUCGGGCAGACGCUGCUCAACUGGGCGUCGGCUUUCGGGACUCAAGAGAUGGUGGAAUACCUGUGCGACAAGGGGGCGGACGUCAACAAGGGGCAGAGGAGCUCCUCGCUGCACUACGCCGCAUGCUUCGGGCGGCCAGCCAUUGCCAAGGUGUUGCUGCGCCACGGCGCCAAUCCAGACCUGCGCGACGAGGACGGCAAGACUCCUUUAGAUAAGGCGCGCGAAAGAGCGGACGAGGGCCAUCGCGAGGUGGCCGUCAUCCUGCAGAGCCCCGGCGAGUGGAUGGUGCCGGUCGACAAGGAGCGCACCGGCAGGCGGUCUGAGUCGGAGAGCAACGACGAGGCCAUAGAGCCGCGCGGCGACCCCGAGAUGGCGCCCGUCUACCUGCAGCGCCUGCUGCCCGUGUUCUGCGCCACGUUCCAAUCGACGAUGCUGGCGAGCGUGCGCAAGGCCAGUCUCGGUCUCAUCCGGAAGAUGGUGCACUACAUCCAGCCGGGGCUGCUCGAGGAGCUGUGCGGCACGGAGACCAAUCCGAACUUCGGCACGCAGAUCGUCGAGGUAGUGGCCACCGUGCUGGAUAACGAGGAGGACGAAGAAGGACAUUCAGUGGUGCUAUCGAUUAUACAAGAUCUCAUGACUAAAUCCCAGGAGGUAUUCCUGGAUCAUUUUGCCAGACUGGGCAUUUUUACCAAAGUUCAAGCUUUGGGAGGGCCUCCGGAAUCACAAGAAAAUGAAGAAGCAGAGGCCUCUGUUGAAGAGUCCACGGAAGCCGUCCACGCUGAGGACGCCAAGGAGAUCCUGCCGGGCAAGGCGUACCACUGGCGCGACUGGUCGGUGUGCCGCGGCCGCGACUGCCUCUACAUCUGGUCGGAUGCGGCCGCGUUGGAGCUGUCGAACGGCUCGAACGGCUGGUUCCGCUUCAUCUUGGACGGCAAACUGGCAACCAUGUACUCGAGCGGGUCGCCCGAGGGCGGGGCGGAUACUACGGGCAAAGGACGUGCGGCAGAUUCCCUCACGACUGAAGAAAACCGCGGCGAGUUCCUCGAAAAGCUACAAAGAGCGCGGGCGGCCGUCAGGUGCACCAACAAUUCCACGCCGCUGCUGUCCAAACCGGGCCCCACCCGGCUCGUGGUCGGCAACUGGUCGCUCACAGCGAGAAAGGAGGCCGAAAUCCACAUCCACAACUCGGACGGACAACAGCAGACGACGAUUCUGCGCGAGGACCUGCCCGGAUUCAUCUUCGAGUCCAACAGAGGCACGAAGCAUUCCUUCAUCGCAGAAACCUUUUUAGGUCCCGAAUUCUCCGCCGGCUGGACCAACAAGAAGGGCCAUCGCUUGCGCUCGAAGCUCGAGGCCACCAAGAUGAAGGUGAAAUACCUGGCGCACCAGAUCUACGAGCAGCACUUCAGGGCGGCGCAGGCGCAGCCGCGCGGCAUCGUCGCCAAGCUGGGCGGCAUCGUGGCGCAGAUCGAGCGCGCCUGCCAGAAGCAGGGCUCGUACGGCAACAACCGCGAGGGGGGGAAUUCGUGGCGAGAUAUUCUGCUGGACGCGCUCGAUGAUCUCACGCAAAUUCUCAAGGAAGAUGGCGUGGUGUCCGCCUACGAACUGCACAGUUCCGGCCUGGUACAAGCCUUGCUAUCCCUUUUAUCCACCAGCUAUUGGGACCAGGGCUUGAAGUCCAGCAAGAUGAGCAAAUAUCAGAAACAAAGAGUCCAAGUGUUCAAACAAUGUUUCAAGAAGAGAUCAAACGAAGACAAUGACACGAUACUGAUACUAGUCCACAAGUUGAUCGCUGUGCUCGAAAGUAUAGAGAAACUACCCGUUUACCUUUACGAUACGCCCGGUACAGGGUAUGGCCUUCAGAUCCUGACAAGGCGUUUGAGAUUCAGGUUAGAGAAAGCCUCGGGCGAAAGCACGCUGAUAGACCGCUCCGGCAGAGGUCUCAAAAUGGAGCCGCUCGCCUCCGUAGCCCAACUCGAAAGAUACCUCCUGAAAAUGGUGGCCAAGCAAUGGUACGACUACGAACGCACCACCUUCCAGUUCCUCAAAAAGCUGCGCGACCCCAAACACCAAACCUUCAAGCACGCGCACGACUUCGACGAGAACGGCUUAAUCUACUUCAUCGGCACCAACGGCAAGACCAGCACCGAGUGGGUCAAUCCCGGGCAGUACGGCCUCGUCGCCGUCUCCAGCUCCGAUGCGCGCAACCUGCCCUAUGGCAGAGUCGAGGACAUCCUGUCGCGUGACUCGUCCGCCCUCAAUUGCCACACCAAUGACGACAAGCGCGCCUGGUUCGGCAUCGAUUUGGGCGUGAAUGUGAUCCCGAGCGCGUAUACGCUGAGGCAUGCGCGCGGCUACGGGCGGUCCGCCCUGCGCAACUGGCAUCUGCAGAUGUCGCGGGACGGGCAGACGUGGACGACGCUGAGCACGCACACGCACGACACGUCGCUGAACGAUCCGGGCAGUACGGCCACGUGGCCGAUCGAGGUGCCCGCGGACGAGUGCCAGGGCUGGCGGCACGUCAGGAUCCAGCAGGCGGGAAAGAACGCGUCGGGGCAGACGCACUACCUGAGCCUUUCGGGCUUCGAGCUGUACGGCCGUGUGACGGAGGUGUGCGAAGACAUGGGCAGGGCGCACAAGGAGCAGGAGGCGCACGUCAGGAAGCAAAGGCGGCUGGUGAAGUCGCAGCUGCUGAAGCACAUGGCUGUGGGGGCGAGGGUGGUGAGAGGGGUGGAUUGGAAGUGGAGAGACCAGGAUGGGAAUCCGCCGGGUGAAGGUACCGUCACCGGCGAGCUGCACAGUGGCUGGAUCGACGUCACGUGGGACCACGGCGGCUCCAACUCGUACCGCAUGGGCGCCGAAGGCAAGUACGACGUCAAACUGGCGGCAGGCUACGACGCGGAAGCGGCCGCGACGUCGGCGUCGACGUCGAGGUACGCCGCCGCCGCCGGCAAGCCGAAGACGGACAGAGAGAGGCAGCAGAGCGUGCUGACCAGCAGGAAGUCGAGCUCGACGCCGAGUCUGCCCGAGGCGACGGACGUCAGGACGUCGGUGGCGUCGACGGAGCAGGCGGCGUCUGCCGACAAUUUGGCAGCCAAACAGGCAGCUGAGACGAUAGCGGAAAGCGUCCUAUCGGUGGCGCGCAACGAGGCCCUCGUCGCCGUGACGAACGAAUCGCAGGCGGCCAGCACGGAGAGCGAGCUGUCGGUGGUGGUGCACCCGUUGCGCGACCCCCACCACGACCUCUCCGCCAUCAACAAUUCCACCGAUUUGGCGACCAUCGUCGAGAGUCUGGCGCUGUGCGACGCCGCAACGAAGCCGCCCGCCGGCGAGCAGAAGACGGCCGGGGCGGCGAGUAAUGCGUCGUCGAAUAUUGGGCGGUCGAAUCGAGGGUCGAAGAUCAACAGCUCGCAGGUAGCCGCGGCCGCUGCCCAAAGCUUCAUGGAAGCCGUCGAGGCGCUGGACAAGAUCCGCGAGGGCUCCGACCUGCUGCGCAACAACACCAACACCUUCUUGUCGGCGGAGCUGCUCCAGAGCGCGCUCAGCAUCGGCCAGAGUGGCCUCAAUCCGGUGCGCAUCUCGGUGGAGACGGACGACGACCAGCCGGCGAAGCGGAAGAUGGAGGGCGGCAAAGGGGGCAAUUCGAGCAGUGAGAAAGACGAGGCGGUGACCAAUACGAACAACGCGAAGAACAGUAGCAACGGGGCCAUUGUGGUGAAUCCGAUGAGCGUGAGCGUGCCGAAUUUGACGAGCGAGUCGAACAGCCAGAUCGAGCCGAGCAGUACUGCAGCAACGAACUUUUCAGGCCUGCUGGAAACGUUCACCGCCCUAGCGAGACGCCGAACGCUCGCCUCCGUCACCGCGUCCAACGCCUCCAACAUCAACGCUACCAACAACACGCAGAACGCGCAGGCGCACAACAAUCAGCACGCGGGCGCUCUCUUCCCGCGCGCCCCCAAUUCGGUGUCCAGCCUGGUGCGCCUGGCGCUGUCGAGCAAUUUUCCCGGCGGGCUGCUCAGCGCCGCCCAGAGCUACCCGAGCCUGUCGUCCAGCAACCAGGUGGGCGGGCAGCAGAACGCGGGCGGGAUUUCGACGGCGGCCGGGGCGGUGCAGGGGUUGAGCCAGGCGUUGACGAUGAGCUUGACGUCGACGAGCAGCGAUAGCGAGCAGGUAUCCCUCGAAGACUUCCUCGAAUCGUGCCGCGCCCCGACCCUGUUGGCCGAGCUCGAUGACGACGACGACGACAUGGCCGACGGCGAUGACGUCGACGACGAUCGAGACGACGACGACGAUGACGACGAGAACGAGGACGACGCCGAUUACGAGGAGGUGAUGGUGUCGCGCAACCUGCUCACCUUCAUGGAGGAGGAGAGCUUCGAGGCGGCGGCGACGGCGGUGGCGGCAGCGGGCGGAGUAGGCGGCGGCGCGACGACGACGUCGCGACCGGCGGCGAAGAGGCGUUCGUGGGACGACGAGUUCGUGCUGAAGCGGCAAUUCUCGGCGCUGAUACCGGCGUUCGAUCCGAGGCCUGGAAGGACGAACGUCAACCAGACUACCGAUCUGGAAGUACCACCUCCUGGUCAAGAGGAAAGCGCCUUUGUGCCCGAAUACGAAAUCCUGCCGCAACCCAAGCUCCAGCUGGUGCUGAAAGGUCCGAACAUGCCCGGCGUGUCGGACGUCGAGAUCGAAUUGAGCAAUCCGUCUUGGUCGAUAUUCCGGUCCGUGCAGGAAUUGAUGCAGAUGACAGAGUUCAGCUCGAGACAAGAGAAAUUGAGGAGGAUUUGGGAACCCACAUAUAUGAUAAUCUACAGAGAAACCAAACCGGAAGGCAGCUACGACGCGGAGGACGGCCGAGCCACGCCCACCGCCCACUCCCCCUACUCGCGCAGCGGCGGCAGCUCGUUGGCCACGCCUUCGCCGAGCACGCCCGUCCCCGGCGGUCCCUCCGUCACCGGGUGUACGGUGGAGGACGUGCUGCAGCUGCUGCGGCAUCUGUUCGUCAUCGCGACCAGCAGGAGGGGCGAGGAGGAGGACCUGAACACGAGUGGGUGGGGCGAGGGCGUGGCGCCUGAGGAGUUCGCCAGCAAGAAGAUUACCAACAAGCUGCUGCAACAAAUCCAGGACCCCCUCGUCCUAUCCAGCGCCAGCCUGCCCGCCUGGUGCGAAGAACUCAACCACUCCUGCCCCUUCCUCUUCCCCUUCGACACGCGCCAACUCUACUUCAACUGCACCGCGUUCGGCGCGUCGCGCAGCAUCGUGUGGCUGCAGCAGCAGCGCGACGUGUCGAUGGAGCGGCAGCGCGCGCCCGGCCUGAGUCCGCGCCGCGACGAGGCGCACGAGUUCCGGGUGGGCAGGCUGAAGCACGAGCGCGUGAAGGUGCCCAGAGGGGAAAGGUUGUUGGAGUGGGCGAUGCAGGUGAUGCGCGUGCACGCCGAGAAGAAGUCGAUUUUGGAGGUGGAGUUCGCCGGAGAGGAGGGGACAGGAUUGGGCCCCACUCUCGAGUUCUACGCUCUAGUCGCCGCCGAGCUGCAGCGACGCGACCUCGGCAUGUGGAUAUGCGACGACGAGCAGAUACCGCUCAACGAGCCCGUCGACCUUGGCGAGGGCGUUAAGCCGCCCGGCUAUUACGUCCUCAGGUCGUCCGGCCUGUUCCCCGCCCCGCUGCCCCAGCAAUCCGAGAUUUGCGACAAGGCGGUCAGAUACUUUCACUUUUUGGGCAUACUGCUGGCCAAGAUCCUGCAGGACAACCGCCUCAUCGACCUGCCGCUCAGCAAGAGCUUCCUCAAGCUGAUGUGCCACGGCGACAUCCGCAACACGGUCAACGAGCGGAUCGGCUUCGCCGGCGCGAAGAAGACCGUCGAGGAGGACGUGAUGACGUCGAGCCUGAUCUCCGAGGAGAGCGAGAAGGAGCUGGAGCUGGACCCGCCCAAGCCGGCGGCCGAGGAGAAGCGGCCUUGGUACGGCGGGAUAUUGGGCGAGGAGGAUCUGUACGACAUCGAUCCGAUACGAGCGAAGUUUCUGAGGCAGAUCCACGAGCUGAUUAAGCAGAAACAAAAGAUCCUGCAAGACCACAGCCUGACGCCCGAGGCGCGCUCCCACCAGGUGCAGAACCUCUGCCUCAGCCAUCCGUCCGGUCCCGUGCUGCUCGAGGACCUCGCGCUCGCCUUCACCUACUCGCCCGGCUCGAGCGUGUUCGGCUUCGCGUCGGUGGAACUCGUCAACAACGGCGCCGACAUCGAGGUGGACAUCGAGAACGUCGAGGAGUAUGCCGAGCUGACGAACGCCUUCUGUUUGGAGAACGGUAUUGCGCGACAGUUGGAAGCGUUUCAUAAGGGCUUCUGUAGGGUGUUUCCAAUGGAGAAGUUGGCUGCGUUCAGUCCCGACGAGUUGUGCGUGAUGCUGUGCGGGGACCAGAACCCCGAUUGGACAAUGGAUGAUCUCAUUAAUUAUACGGAGCCGAAGCUCGGUUACACAAAAGACAGCCCCGGCUUCCUGCGCUUCUGCAACGUGCUGGUGAACAUGACGGCCGAGGAGCGCAAGGCCUUCCUGCAAUUCACCACCGGGUGCAGCUCGCUGCCCCCAGGUGGCCUAGCUAACCUCUACCCCCGGCUGACGGUGGUGAGGAAGGUGGACGCUGGGGAGGGCUCCUACCCCUCGGUGAACACGUGCGUGCAUUAUUUGAAGCUGCCCGACUACCCCUCCGAGGAGGUGCUGAGACGAAGACUGCUGGCCGCGACGAAAGAGAAGGGGUUCCAUCUGAAUUGAAGUGACUGCGUUUGUGCAUAGUAGAAUAUCGUGCACAUUGCGUUUCGCAGUAAUUUGAUUUUAGUUUGUGCGCUUUUAUUCGAAUAAGGCUGUCGAUGUGCAUCUAAACUCUGUCAUUUCGUUCGGUAGUACAAUUCUUGUAAUUUUGAAUAUGAAACUAUUGGAGAGUACUGAGAUUUUUGUAUUAUUUGUAUUUUGGAAUUAUUAUAGAUGAAUUUACAGAGCACUACUACUACUACUACUAGAAAGGUACAUUUAUUAUGAGAGUGUUUGAAGUUAUUUAUGAAAUGGGCAUCUCUUGUUGAAAACAUCGAGUUGCUGAAUGGUCCCUAGUGAUAAUGAUAAUAAAUAAUGAGAGUUUAUGACCAAAUUUCGAAUAUACGU